UUCUUCUUUGCCCCAAAGUUGUCAGCAGUGCAUGUUCCUUCCCAAUCAGUUAAAACAGUCUGUUAGUAAACGUGAAGAUCCAGAUGCCGGGUGCAGAUGAGACAACUAUGCACAUUCCUACCUUUUCCAAACAGCCAGGAUUAGACCAAAGGGCCACUUUAUCGCACUUGGAGUAUACAACCUGCAGGCGCGCGCACAUGGGUCGGACUGACAAGUUGUAGCGUCCAGGAGCUGGAAGAGAAGAGAAAUUCCCGCAGUCACUUAAAUUCUUAACAGAAGCUGAACAGUCACCCAGCGGGACUGAGAGUGGCAGGUGGGGAGGAUGCGGGUUCUGGGAUGAUCACGGAUGAUUAGUUGUCUGAACGCGCACGCAGGAAAGAGUCUUGUGCCGGGCGCCAACAGCGAAGAGCGACCGUCGCGCUUGCCGCGAGAGCUGCGCAGCGGCCGGGGCUGCACAAAGAGCGGGACGCGGCAGCGGGAGCCGCGCUCGGCGCUCGGGGGGCGGGUCUCAGCGGUCACUCCCUCCGCCCCCGGAGUCGCCGCUACCGCCUGACUAAACCUCAACCCAACUGCUCAGAAAGGGCUGCAGUUCCCUAUGUUGUAGAGGCUGCCGCCAGCUAGAGCCCGCGGCGCAGCUCCCAGGCGCAGGGAGGCUGGGCGAGCCGGAACGCAAGGGGACACCUGGCCCAGGCACGCGGUCAGCUCUGCACGCGGUUGGGGUCAUGGUACACUGAAUAGGCACUCGAUCAAGAGAAAUCUGGGGGAAGCUGGAAGUCAUCAAGUUACUGUAGCCACACAGGGAGCAGAAAAGACAGAGGAAGGCCAGAUGCAACAGCUCUAACCUUCACCUUGGAAGGAGUAUGUCUACAUGCUCCACGCUACUAGACCCUCUAGGAAUUUCUCUGAGGUAGAAGUCCCUACACAGGACAAAUAGAUGUUGCUAUGAGGACAGAUUCAUCAAAAAUGACUGAUGUGGAGCCUGUGGUCAGCAAUUUUGCAUCUUCAGCAAGGACAGGCCGCCGGAAUGCCGUUCCAGACAUCCAAAGUUCAGCAGGGACGGGCGGAACCUCAGAGUUGCCUCUCAAACUGGAGGCUCUCUCCAUAAAGGAAGAUGUAAAAAAUAAAGAUGAAGGAACAACACAAGACCCAUUGGAAAAGCCCCCAAACGAAGAAACUUGCUGAAUUUCUGCACGUUGAAAGACCUAGUGGCUCUGCUUUCCUGAGUUGUUUGAUCUGGUAGUAACUAUGGUAACAUUGCAGCCCUAAGCAACAUGUGUGUUUUAGAUACUUUUGUUGUGAUGCUACUCAUUUGGAUUGCAACCAUGACAUCCAAUGUAGGUUAGUAAAAGGCAGAUUACUUUCAAACUGCACCCAAGGAAAAGGUUAAGAAUGUAUGGUCACUUAAAUACAUAUCAUUGUCCAUAAACCAAACAAAAUACACUGUUCUCUUUUACAUUUCUUUAGUCAGGUGUGUUUUUAAUUCCAUUUUUAUGGUAAUGGGUAAAACAUUUCUCGGUAAAUAAGAACCAAGCACCAUUAAUUUAAAACUUCAUGGUAUUUGUAGGAAAUUAUAUUUCUUGGCGAAAAGGAAUAAUGGAAUAGUCAAAGACAUAUGGAUAGAGUGUUUUUAAUCAAAAGUUUCACCACCAACCCUAAAAAGAUUUGGAAAAAAAUUGUAAAAGCUUGACAACCUAAACAUCUCUAGGAGGUUUUUGUCCGAUAUACAUUGCUUCUAGUCUAUGCAGACUGUGAUUUUUCAUGCGGACGUUUAAAAUGCAAAAUCUGUGGCAAAUUAUUUAUAUGUAACAUGCGUACUGAAUGAAUUUCACUAUCUUCCUUAACUUUGGUGUUGUAUGUGUGUGGGUACGUUUUUCUUUAAUGUGAAUUAUGCAAACACCUUACUAGUUGCUUUACACUGUUGUUUAUUCUUGGGGCUUUUGUGUAUACAUGACUUGUUUCUAAAAUAAGUUCCUCAGGAAUGCAGACCUUGAUUUUUAUAUCUUUCCUAAAGUAUCUAACAUAAGAGUAGGCACUUAAAUAUUUGGUGAAUGAUGUGUAGUUAGGAAUAGCAAAAUACUUGCUUUUAAUAUAUAAGUAUAUAUUUUAAAAGGAACAAAACCAAAGCCUUAGUAAAUUUUGAUUUAGUAGGUAUUUCAGAAAAUAAUAGAAUUCUGAAUUUUAAAAAAAUACUAAUGAAUUUAUUUUCAUUUUUAGAUAUAUAUGCAUGCAGUUUUAUUUGAUUUGAUUGUAACUGAUGCCAUUCUGUAUACAGUAAUCAAAUAAACUCUUUCACUGUUAAAUCUGUUACUGAUACAAGUCUCUAUCUUCUAAAGCAUACCAGGUGAAAAAUGGCAACACAUUUUAAAGAAGGAAGUUAAUAGUCUUUGCAAUAUAAAACACUUCCUGAUUAUUAUUUAAUUAAUGAAGUUUACCUUUAUAUCUAAUGUACACCAAAG